GAGCUCCUCCGGUUCGGCAGAGAGCGCUCCUACCCCGGCUCCCGAGCCGACCCGCGGCACAAGUGUCCGUGUGUGCGGCAGAGGCACCGGGAUCUCUCCGCUGCAGCCCCGGGCAGCACUGAUCUACCCCCCACACCGCGACUCUCCCCGGACACUCAACACAGAGAGGUCCGAGUUCCACCCGCAGCCCCGGCGUUUUCCCGGCGCUGCCAGCUCCUCGCCUUCACCCCCCGACACAGGUCUGCUCUCCUCCCGGUCAGAGCUUUAGCCUCGUCCCGGUGACACGUCUUUCGGGACCCCGCUUUUCUCGGCUCUUUACUGGGACAGUUCAGCCCUGAUCAGAGCGGCUGCAUGAGCGGCCUGGGCCAGCCGCAGCAGGGAGGGGGCUUGCGCUCUCGAAGGGUCCCUGGUCGAGAGGCGGGGCCCCCGGGAGCCUCAGCGACCACAGGGGGCACUAUGGACAGCUGCUGUUUAGACCCCGGGUUGCUGCGGAGACUGAUCGAAUUGCCCUCUCCCCCUCUGUCCAGGCACCAACUCAAGAGGCUCGAGGAGCACAGGUACAGCAGUGCGGGACGCUCGCUGCUGGAGCCACUGAUGCAGAGGUAUUGGGAGUGGCUGGUAGCUCGGGUUCCUUCGUGGAUUGCUCCAAACCUCAUCACCAUCGUGGGACUGGCCACAAACGUGUUCACAACGCUGGUGUUGGUAUACUACUGCCCCACGGCAACAGAGCAGGCUCCUCUCUGGGCAUACCUGCUCUGCGCCAUAGGGCUCUUCAUUUACCAGUCGCUCGACGCCAUUGAUGGAAAACAGGCGCGACGUACCAACAGCAGCUCACCACUUGGGGAGCUGUUUGACCACGGCUGUGACUCCCUCUCCACAGUGUUCGUUGUCCUGGGCACUAGCAUCGCGGUGCAGCUUGGCACAAACCCGGACUGGAUGUUCUUCUGCUGCUUCUCUGGGAUGUUCAUGUUCUACUGUGCACACUGGCAGACGUACGUGUCGGGAACGCUGCGCUUCGGAAUCAUCGACGUGACCGAGGUGCAGAUCUUCAUCAUCUCUGUGUAUCUCCUCGCCGCUGUGGGAGGGACAACCUUCUGGCAGUCUACGAUCCCGCUGCUGAAUGUUCAGAUGAAGAUGGUUCCGGCCUUUUUCACGUUCUUAGGAGCCAUUUUCUCCUGCACCAACUACUUCAGAGUGAUCUUCACUGGAGGAGUGGGCAAGAAUGGCUCCACCAUCGCUGGCACCAGCGUCUUGUCUCCAGUCUUUCACAUCGGGACCGUGAUCAUUCUGGCCAUGAUGAUCUACAAGAAAUCUGCCAUAGGACUGUUUGAGAGACACCCCUGCCUCUACAUCUUGGCAUUUGGCUUUGUGUCAGCCAAGAUCACCAACAAACUGGUGGUGGCCCACAUGACAAAGAGUGAGAUGCACCUUCACGACUUCUCGUUCCUGGGCCCUGGGCUGCUGUUCCUGGAUCAGUAUUUUAACAGCUUCAUCGACGAGUACCUUGUGCUUUGGGCCGCACUGGUCCUGUCUCUGUUUGACUUGGUGCGGUACUGCGUCAGUGUGUGUAACCAGAUUGCCUGUCACCUGCACAUCCAUGUCUUCAAGAUCAAGAGCGGCUCCACAGCGCCACAUACAGCACAUCACUGACACAAGGCUCCUGUGCUCUGUCCUUGUCUCCUCUUUCUUCUCCUGUUUCCUGUCACCUAACCUCCAUGUCUUCUACUUCCUAACCUGCCCAUCUUCUCUGUCUUUAUGACUUCACAGUGCCCUCCUCUGGUUCUGCCUCCUGAAAAUUGUACUGUUAGAUGAGCAGGACUUUGUGUCAAAGUUCUGGAGACUUUUUGUGGGACUAGACCCUCCUUCAGUCUUUAAUCAUUAUUACCCUGAAAAGUCCUGGUUGGAAUAGUUUGUUUUGCAUCAACUCAUUGAAGAUGGGAUGUGAAGUUUAAUAAUUAACUGUUUGAAGAAAAUCCAAAUAUUAAAACUAAUGUAAUUUAAUCCACUGCUCAUAUGACGGGCCCAGUACAGCAGAGGCACUGUAACGUCACACCUAUGUAUCUGCUUCCUUACUUUCUCGUCUCCUUGCCAUUCCCCAAUUUGAGUCAUUUGCCAAAUUUGCGUCAAUCAUGCUAGUCUUUAUUAUCAUUAUUUUCCUCCAGAAGUGGAGAAAAUGUUUGUCAAUUGAAACCUUAGUUCACCAUUCAUUUAAGUUACACAAAGAAAGUUUCAUAAUGUUUAUUUUUUUAUAAAAACAGAUAAAAUCCUGUGUCACUGUAAUCACCAAACAUGAAAUAUUAGACUCAAAUCACUUGUGUCAAAUCAAUGUUUCUCUGCACUCAUCUGUUUGCUUGAGCUUUUUAGCAUUUAAAUAUGGGGUUAACUCGAACAUUACACUCAGAUUUAACUUUAAAUGAACAAAAAUUUAAUGAAUAAUAAAAUAGAUGGCAUAUUACAUGUAGCCUGCCCGUGUGUGUGUGUUUUUGUACUAAAUGACAAGUUUUGUGCAUUUGCGCAGAUUGAAUUUUGACGCAAAUUUGGCUCUGACUCAGAUUGGGGGAAUGACACUCCUCUCUGCUGUAUCGUAGCUCCUUCCCUUCUUAUUUCCUCUCCUUGUCUCCUCCCUUCUCCUAGUCUUGUCUCCUCACUGCUGCCUCUCCUUAAAGUUGUUUGUCAAAAGGACUCCAUAGAAUCUGCUCGAGGCUGGGCUAAAACUAAUGUUACUUAUUUCAUCCAGAGUUCAUUAAAAUUUUACUUUUCUCUGACAAAACUCAUCUGAGCUCAAAUCUGCUAUUCCACACUCCUCCAUCUUCUGUUACCUCACUGUUAUGGAUUUCAAAAUGUCCUCCACUUCCUGUUACAAAAACCUGUAGGAUACAAAUAUAACCUUUCUAUAAGAAUUGGUAAAAAAAAAAUGUCUUAGACUAAAAAUCUAAACCUGAAUUUGAGACACACCCAGAAUAAAUGGUCAAAAAAUUAACAAUUUGAUCAUAUUAAAUCCAAACUAAAUCUGCCCAAUCCAGAGUCUUAACAAGGACUACCAGGAUCGAAGAAUGACUGAGGAAGGACUUACCCAGAAUGCACCAUGUGCUUUUACUAAACUGUAGGACUGAGACAAACAGAACUGAGCCAAAGAUAAAGCCAGUAUUAAACCAGGACUAAAGCGCAAAACCCUCUGGGAUAAAAUUACACCAGGAUCAACAAAACAAAUUUCAAUUAAGCAAAGUUUAACUGAGAAACUGGUUGAAAACAUCUUUUUACAGGAUUAAACUGGCUGCUGUGAACAUUUCUGUUUAAAGUAUUGUAUUCUCCUAUCUUGAGUCCAGCCCUGAGCAGACUGAACCUGCUUCUGCCUCUGAAUGUGUGAAGAAUCAAAUAAUGUCAUUAAUAUUGUACAUAAGAGUAUUAGAGACGCGGUGCUAACCACUCCACUACUGUCUCAUUUUGUGUUUUUGUAAAUGAUUGCGUUGGCCUUUGUAAAUACACUCACUGUCUGUGCUUCUCUCUAAGUUAAAGCCUUUUUUAAAUCAAA